AUGCCAAAGGCUUUGCUGCUGCUGCAGCAGAGUGGAUUGCCUCGCAGCUGCUGCACUGGCAGUGUAUGGACACCUGCUGCCAUGCAGACGCCUCCAAACCCUUCUGGGGUUUCCUUCACCCCUUUGCCUUUGGUGUUUCCCCCAGUAGAGCCCUGCCCCCUUUUUGCUGCUGCUCCGGAGUCUGAACAGGCCGGCCAGCAGCUGCCUGCUGCUGCUGCUGCUGCUGCAGCAGCAGCAGCAGCAGCGGCGCCGGGCGCGGCCGGCGUGGAGCUCGCAGCAGUCCGGCAGCAGCUCCUGCAGCGCAUGCAGGAGCUCUCCGCCCUUCACCGAGUCGCACUGGCGCAGCAGCAGCAGCAGCAGCAACAGAUGCUGCAGCAGCAGCAGCAGCAGCAGCAGCAGCAGCCAGCCGAAAGCCAGAGGCCCCUUGAGGGGCCGCCUUUGCCCAAAGAUGCAGAGGCAGCAGCUGCGGCGGCGCCAGCUGCAGACACAGCAGCAGAGCCGCCAGCAGCAGAAACGCCAGCAGCAGCAGCUGCAGCAGCAGCAGCAGCAGCAGCUGGCCCAAGUGGGAGGGCCCCUGUCCCCUUUCCUGGGGCGCCUGCUGGGCCCGCAGGGGCCCCCGGGGGCCCCCGGGGGGCCCCCGGGGCCCCCGGGGACCCCGGGGGCCCCCAUUUCACCUUGGGGGGUACAGAGGGGGGCCCCCAAGAAGGGUCUUGGCUGCAGCAGCAUGCGCAUGCAUUAAUGAUGGCUGAGAUAUAUGAGGGGCAGCUGCGGCUGUGGCACUCAUUUGCUUCGCUGCUGCAGCUGCAGCUGCUGCUGACGACGCAGGAAGCUGCUGCAGCGAAGCUCAGCAGCAGCAGCAGCAGCAGCAGCAGCAGCAGCAGCAUAGGGAGCAGCUCGUGGCUCGUGUCCCGGCCGAUUGGGGGCCUUGAAAGGUGCCUUUCUCCGUCUUCGUACGCAGCAGCAGCAGCAGCAGCAGCAGCCACUGCAGCAGGAAGUGCAGCAGCAAGCAGCAGCAGCAGCGGCAGACGAGAUCCCGUGGCGGCGGGGCGACUUGCUGCGCUGCAGACGCAGCUGCAGCAGCUGCAGCAGCUGCAGCAGCUGCAGCAGCUGCAGCAGCAGCAGCAGCAGCCGAGUGCGACGCUGGCCCAGCUGAGGAGGAGGCGGGAACGGAGGCCGCUGCAGCGGCUGCGGCUGCAGCAGCAGCAGCUGCAUGCAUCUGUGGGGCGGCCGUUUGAAGGAGAGACGCCGACAGCAGCAGCAGAAGCCUCUUCGCCCCAGACAGUCAACACUGCAUCCAGCAGCAUCAGCAGCAGCAGCAACAGCAGCAGCAGCAGCAGCGACAGCAACGGGACAAGCGGCCCCAGCCCCGCCGAAAUCAGCGCCGAUGACGGCAGCAGCAGCAGCAGCAGCAGCAGCAGCAGCAGGGCGUGGGUCAGCAGCGUAGACAGGUCUGUGGAGGCGGCGCAGGAGCUGCGGAGCCGCCGCCUCGCUGGCGAAGAUCCUAUAAGAGUUUCUGGGGGCCCCCCUGCGGAGCGGGGGGCCCCCGAGGCCCCCAGGAGUACCCUGGGGGCCCCCGGGGCCCGCGGGGCCCCCGGGGCGCGGGGGGCCCCCGGGGGCCCCCCUCAGCGGGGCAGCGAGGGGGGGGCCCCCAUACCCCCCUACUGGAAAAGGGCCCUUUAUCAAGGAGUCGCCAUGUUCUUUUUAACAACAAUUCCUUCUUGGAAUCCAAACCCAGAGUUGCUGAUAGAUUAUGAGGGACUUGCGGAGGAAGAGGGAGAAGGAGCGGAGCCGGAGGGGCCCCUGGGGGGCCCCCUGGGGGGCCCCCUGGGGGCCCCCCGCGCUGUGCAGCAGUGA